AGGAAGAGAGCAAGAGAGCAAGGACGUCCCCAUUCAUGCACUGUGGGGUGCUGUGUCGUUUUGCAAUGGGCCCCUGCCGUGAAUAUUUCUGUCUCGGUCUUGGUUUGCUAUUUUGAUGUAUUAUUGGCUAUGGAGACAUUCUGCGUUGGUGUUCUUCCUGAACCAAGUAUUGUCUAGGAAUAUAUAUAUGCAAUACAGCCUGUGAUAAGAGCUUGACCAGUGCCGACUCAAAUCAGGGAGGAGAGCCGUUGUCUCUCUCCGGCUGACAGUCCUGGAAAGACUGCACAACUGUGUGAAUGAAUUAAGACUGAAUUGAAAGACUGUGCCCGUGCUGUGCUGCCAUGACGACCAUGGCCCCUCCCCUCAUGUUUCUCCUCCUGCUCCUUCAAUUGGCUCACAGCUCUUUCCCAGAGGAGCCCGGUCCUCUAAGCUAUGCUCCCUUAGAGGUGGUGAGGAGGUAUCCUGUGUUUGUGGGUAGAGCUCAUCGUUCCUCACAGAGACAGGAGCUGCACAUUCACACAGUACUCCAGGUCAACCGCACACUCUACAUAGGAGCCAGAGAUGAUCUAUAUAGAGUGGAGCUGGACAAUAUGUCAGGGGACGAAAUAUUCUACAGCAAGAAGCGGACGUGGGAAUCCAAUAAGAAUGACAUUCGAGUCUGCAGGAUGAAGGGCAAACGUGAGGGGGAGUGUCGUAACUUCAUCAAGGUGUUAUUGAGCCAACAUGGAGAACUGUUUGUGUGUGGAACUAACGCCUUCAACCCUCUAUGUGCCAACUACACUAGGGACACUCUGGAGAUGGUGGGAGAGACGGUCAGUGGGAUGGCUCGAUGCCCUUAUGAUCCCAGACACGCUAACGUGGCUCUUUUUGCAGAGGGCAGUCUCUUCACUGGUACUGUAACAGACUUCCUGGCGAUUGAUGCUGUGAUCUAUCGUAGCCUAGGCGACAGCCCUGCUCUCCGCACCGUCAAACACGACUCCAAGUGGUUCAGAGAGCCCUUCUUUGUGAGCGCAGUGGAGUGGGGGCCUCAUAUUUACUUCUUCUUCAGGGAAAUGGCCAUGGAGUUCCAUCACCUGGAGAAGGUGAUGGUGUCUCGUGUGGCGAGGGUGUGUAAGGGGGACCAGGGUGGCUCUCAGAGGGUGUUGGAGAAACAGUGGACAUCGUUCCUGAAGGCCAGACUGAACUGUUCUGUCCCAGGAGACUCCCACUUCUACUUCAACCUGCUCCACGCCACCAGCCCCGUACUCAACAUGAACGGCAGAGACGUCAUACUGGGACUGUUCUCUACACCGCCCAACAGUAUCCCUGGGUCUGCAGUCUGUGUGUUUGACAUGCAACAGUUGGCCAGGGUGUUUGAGGGAAGAUUCAAGGAGCAGAAAUCUCCAGAAUCCAUCUGGACACCUGUAUCUGAUGAGCUUGUGCCCAAACCCAGGCCAGGUAGCUGUGCGGUGCAGGGGUCUCAGUUCAGCUCAUCCAAAACUCUGCCGGAUGAGGUGUUGAACUUUGUGAAGACUCAUCCCCUGAUGGACGAGACCAUACCCCUAGUGGGGCACAGACCCUGGGUUGUCAAGACGAUGGGCAGGUACCAGUUGACAGCCAUGGUGGUGGACACAGAAGCUGGUCCCCAUAGAAACCGUACGGUAUUGUUUCUGGGCUCCACGCGAGGGACCGUCCUCAAAUUCCUCAUUGUCCCCAGUGGAGACAACUCUCCCACACACAGCAGUGUGUUUCUGGAAGAGGUGGAGGGCUUCAACCCUGAGAAGUGUGGAGAGGAUUCUGUCCAGGCCAGACAGUUGUUGUCUCUGUCCUUGGAUCGUCCCAGUCACACUCUACUGCUGGCCUUCCCUUCCUGUCUGGUCAGACUACCCACAGCACGCUGCCACCUACACUCACGCUGCAUGAAGAGCUGUCUGACUUCCAGAGAUCCCUACUGUGGCUGGACCAGAGGCAGCACCUGCUCCUUCCUCAGACCAGGCACACGGCUGCCUUUUCAGCAAGACAUUGACUAUGGCAACUUCUCCCAUCUUGGAGACUGUGGUGGUGUCAUACAGCAGAGUCUGCUGGUCGAGCCGGAGAGUCUGGUCUCCCUCAACCUGCUGGUGGCGUCUGCAAUCUCGGCUUUCACCAUCGGGGCGAUGCUAUCAGGCCUGGCCGUCUGCUGGAUCAUGGCUCACAAGCCCAGCAACCGACGCCACGCUAGCAACACCAGCCAGUCCAGCAUCCAGCGCCGGGAGAGGGGGAUGUUGACGUCAGGAGGAGGGAUGGGAGGAUCGGUCCUCAGUGUGACCCGUCAGGGAGGAGGGGAUAGACCUUGUUCUCAGGGCGGGGAGACCCUGUUUGUGAUGCCCAACGGAUGGGUUAAGUCAGGGGAGCUGGACCCAGGGUUCUUGCCCACGCCAGAGCACACGCCCCAGCAGAAGAGACGCGGGCUCAGGCUUUCCGAUUCUGGAUCAGGGGGGUGGGACAACAGCCAGACCUACCUGGGAGGGAGCACCAUGGGGCUGGCAUCCCCCUGCCCUCUCCCUUGCCCCCCACACCCCUCCACUGCUGUCUACCUGACCACCAGACUCUUCCAGGGUGGAGGAGGUGGGAGACAUGGGGGUGAGGAGCGAGGAAGAGAAGGGGAGACGCCUCGCCAGCACUACGUGUGCCUCAGCAAGCCCUGGGGGGAGAAGGGAAGGAGUGGGACCCCAAAGUCGGCACUUCGCAAGUCGGCAGGGGAGUACGUGUACCCCAUGACCCCCCAGGACUCCCCGAAUAGGAGGAGGGUGGUGUCAGCCCCCAGCGCCCACAUGGAGUUUGGGGAGCCCCUGCCUCUCCGUUGGCCUCCCCAGGAAGGCUACAUCCUCAGCAGCCAGGGCAUGGUCCCCGCACCUCCAUCCUCCAUGCCGACCCCCAACGGCCAGCAGUAUGCGGCCCAGCACCACACCCCCGGGCCGGGCAGGGCUCAGCUGAGAGGGGAACUGGGGAGAGGAGAGCUGGGGGAGCUGGUGGAUCUCAGCCAGCUGCUGAGUAAGAAGAGUUCCAAUGAGAGGACUCACAACGGGCAGUGAAAAAGAGAGUGAAACGCAGGGAAGGACCCCGGUCACUGCUUAAGACCACAUCAGUCUCUUUCUACAUCUCUCUCCUUCUCUCUGUCCUACCUUUUCUCUCCCUCCCUCUCUCUUUCUUUCUCUCUCUGUCUCUCUGUCUCUGUCCCUCAUUGUCAUUCAGUCCUGAUAUCUCUGUAUCUUACUGGUGGACUCCUGAGGCUGUUCUUUCUGUGACUGGUUACUACUGCUGUCACUCAGAUCCUGCUUGGCUGGGAUUAGCCAGAGAAAAUGAGAUUGUUGCUGUGUCUGCCUAUCCACUCAAGCUGCUUCAAGAGGGGAGGAGGCGGGAAAGAGAGAAAGGGGAGCGAGAGAGAGGGAUUGAAAGAGAGGUGAGAAAGAGGGAAAGGAGAGCGAGAGAGAGGGAUUGAAAGAGAGGUGAGAAAGAGGGAAAGGAGAGCGAGAGAGAGGGAUUGAAAGAGAGGUGAGAAAGAGGGAAAGGAGAGCGAGAGAGAGGGAUUGAAAGAGAGGUGAGAAAGAGGGAAAGGAGAGCGAGAGAGAGGGAUUGAAAGAGAGGUGAGAAAGAGGGAAAGGAGAGCGAGAGAGAGGGAUUGAAAGAGAGGUGAGAAAGAGGGAAAGGAGAGCGAGAGAGAGGGAUUGAAAGAGAGGUGAGAAAGAGGGAAAGAGAGAGGGGAAGGAAGGAAGAGUUUGCUAGACAGUGGAAUUCUUACAAAGAAAACAUGCUGAGAGAGAACCAUACGCAGGAAGCAACAUGCAAAGAGACCCAGAGACAGACACUUGCCGACAGCCUUACCUGUGCUUCAAACAGGCCAAAAAGGACUAACCAAACAACAUGGCCACUAUCAGGUGUCAGAAGACGAGACCUAGGAGACUUCAUUCCUACACAAUGCACUCUGUCCAACUUCCAGUACAGACUGAGUGGCACUCACACAUGAAUUAGAAAGAUAUUACUUUGAAGAAUCUUACUGAAGGUGAAUGAAACAGACACUGUUCAGCCUCAGUGUGCAGGAAAACACUGAGGUCAUUCUGACUCUGACUCUGAACGUGAAGAGAAUACCUGAUGAAGAGUGUCGAAAGGAAGCGGCAAUGAAGAUUUAAUAGCCUACCCUCCAGCAGCCUCCUGACACACACACACACACACACACACACACACACACACACACACACACACACACACACACACACACACACACACACACACACACACACACACACACACACACACACACACACACACACACACACACAGAGAGAGAGAGAGAGAUUUACAGAUCAGUUUUAAUUAGCCUGGUCAGGGGGCCAUAUAUUCCCAGUGUAUGUGAGGUGAGAGGGGCCGUACUGUACUGCUCCUAAAUUGUCUCACUGGGACUAUAACCCACUUUUACUGAGCUACGGGAAAGGAGGAGAGUCGGACUGGAAUGUCAGCACUAUUUCUGCCAACCAGGCGUUCUCUCUAAUGACGCCAUUUCAUCCAUCCAUCCACUCCUUCCAGUCCAUGUUUUUUUUAAUGGCAAAUCAUUUUAGAGCCGAUGCGACGUGUGGAGAGAAGGAUAGAGAAUUAGGUUAGGCAGUCUGUCUCUGUGUGUGUGUGUGUGUGUGUGUGUGUGUGUGUGUGUGUGUGUGUGUGUGUGUGUGUGUGUGUGUGUGUGUGUGUGUGUGUGUGUGUGUGUGUGUGUGCGUGUGUGCGUGCGUGCGUGCGUGCGUGCGUGCGUGCGUGUGUGUGUGUGCGCGUGCGUGUGCAUCCUGCGCCCUGUGUCUGUAUGCGGAGGUGCACUGACUAUGCGUGUGUGUGACAGUCACUGUUGUUGUGAUUAAACAACUGUCCUGCCGCUUACUCAUCAAUGUUAAUGGUUAUUUUCAUAGAACUCAAAUGGAACCAUAUAUUCUACCCAUCAAAGUGUCUAAUAAAAUACUUGCCAUUACGUUAAGCAGACAUGGGGAGAGGGAUAGAUAGAAAGACAGAGAUAAGUAGAAAGACAGGAGGAUAGAGAGACAAACAGAAAGGCAGAGUGAGAAAGAGAGAGGCAACAUGGAGACAAGAAAGAAGAUAGGAUCUGCCAUUCUCAAGUCAUCAGAGACACAGCUCCAGUCACAAUCAGAAACAUGUUUUGUUCAGUUCUGUUGUGAACCUGAGCAGCAAUGACUUGUAUAUAAAGACACUUGUGACUCAACCGCAGAUGUCUGUGUUACCAUUGGUGGAGCACAAUGAUGACAGCACUCAGACAGGUUAUGACUCAAAUCACACCCUAUUGUCUAUAUAGUGGUUAAAUGCAUUGCACUGAAUGGGAAAUAUGGUGUUGUUUGAGAUGCAGCCACAGUAAGAAACACACUCAUAAACACCAUGCCGAUGUCUUUUCCCCCUCUGUGUCAAUACAAUGUGUGCCAAUAUUCUGAACUGUACUUUCGGGUGACAUAUCACGUGACCACUGAAACAAAAAGGAACCAUUUUCAAGUGCCAUAAAAACCAUGCCAAUUCAUUUGAUACCUUAUAUAUUUGAUACUGUGAUGUUGUAUAAUUUGUUCGAAUGUGUACAGUGUUACUUCCUGUGUGCACCGACGAGGAACUUCACAAUGUCGCCUUCAGAUAAGCCUACUGAAUGUUUGUUUUCUUUCGUAAUUCUUUUGCCUUUGCUGCUCUCGUGCAUUUCAGGCAUAUCCAUUUCAAAUGCUAGUAACACUGAAAAUCGGUUUAUAAACCACUUAUGAACAUUGGUACAGAAUUUGGUUCAGUUGUUACUGAAAUGUGCAAGCAUUGUAUUGGUUGUUUUCUCCCACACCAACAAACAGGCAUACUGUGGAACCUUCAAGUCAAAGGCUACUUCCUGAAUGAAUAUAUAUACUAAUUUGCUCAUAAAACUGUGCAGUAAUAAUACAUAAUGGAAAAGCACAACUUUUAUUUUUCUUAUUUGAAAAGGAGUUGUACUGUUAUCUAAUGCAUAUCCUUGUAAAUAAUUGAUUUGAAUGUAUCUUACCCGUUUGGUUUUAAUGAUUCUUGUUUUCUUACUUGACACGGGCCUUUCUCUUUGACGUGUGAGUUUUUGUUGACUACGUUGUGAAUGAGCUGUAAAUACACUACGUGCAGUAUUUACCUUUGA